AUGAGAAAUAACAGCUAGUAAAAGGAGAGUAUUUCAUAAUUAAAAGAAACAAUUCAUAAAUUGCAAUAGAGGGAUGCUUCAUAAAGAUUGGAAAUAGCGAAAUUAAAAAGAUUAUUAUUAGAAAGAAAUCAAGAGUAUAAGUUAGUAUCUGAAUAAUUGUAAGAUUUAUAAAGAGUAUAACAAAGAAAUAAUCAAUACAUAUUGAAAAUCGACAAUUAUGUCGUCAAAUUGAAAUAGAAAUUGUAAAAAGCAAGCAUCAAGAUUGAAUCACUAGAAUCAAAGUUCUCCUCCUCGAGAGUCAAAUAAAAUAAUAUUAUUAUUGACGAAUCUUUUAAUGUGAAUGACUCCUUUCAAACUGAGCAUUCCCCAAUUUCUACUAAGUAUCCAAUCCUUAAAUAAACAUCUAAUCGUUCUAAUUAAGCACAUUCUGUUAAUAAACCUAAAUUAAUUUGUAAACCCAUAAAAGUCCAAAUGCCUUAUCCUAAUAAAAGUUAUACCGAAAAUUAAGAAAUUUUAGAAAAUAAUUCUCUUAUUAAACCAUGUCCAUUACAGGAAUAAAUUCUUAACAGAAUACUCGAUGAUGAAGAAUUCAUGAAUAACUUCAGUAAUCAGUUUGAUUAGAUGCAAACAGAUUUAUUCUCUUAUUAGAAAAGCCAGACUCAACCUCUCAGUUUCUCAUGCAACUCAAGAUAAAGUAAUUUCAGUUUUGUGAAUAGCGAAAAAAAGUAAAAUUGGAAUGAUAAACAAUACAAAUAACCUAAUCGACAAUACCAUUCAAUAUCAAUUGAGGAGAAGGAAAAUAAUAGCAAAUAUUUUAAUUGA